AUGUCGACCCAGCCGCAGAUCCCAUUACCCCAGGUCGGGAAGCUCGUCAGCGUCGUUCCAGUUGGCCUAAAGGAGGCCGCUCUCGACUCGCCCACAUUCCGUGCCACCACCCUUCACUUCUCCGACCAGAUCGAGUUCCUUGAAAGAUGGCUCGACGGCUACGCGAAGGCUGCGUCGAAGCUCUCCGCGGAGCUUGCGGCCAUGGAAGGCGCCGUGAGCGUGUUUCUAUCCUACUCCACGAACCCCCUGCUGGUCUCGGAAGCCGCUCUUGACCAUGAUUACACUCUACAGUCGAUGAGGAGGUGCGGUGAUAGCACUAGGGAUAUGUGGAAUGGCCUGGUGUCUACAAUCAAAAAGAUGGAAUCCUCUGUCUCUGAACCUAUCCGCGUUUUCAUACAGGAAGACCUGCGUAAUUUCAAGACCCGCCGCAUCCUCGACCAUACGCAAAAACAGCACGACUACCUACUAGCUAGGUAUUCGUCACAAUCAAAAUCGAAGGAGCCUUCUUCCCUACGGGAGGAUGCGUUUCAACUACAUGAAGCACGUAAAGCUUACCUCAAAGCGUCCAUGGACUAUUCCGUCCAGGCCCCCCAACUUCGGAAUGCACUUGACAGGCUGUUGGUUCGGGUUUCAUACGAUCAAUGGCGAGAACUUAAGCUGUUCCAUAACAGUAAUGGCAAUUCGUUUACGAAAUGGGGUCAAGAGAUGGACCGCAUUAAGGGCUGGGUGCAUGAAAUGGAAGGAAGUGAGAGGUCAUCCAAGCGGGAGCUCUUGUCUUCCAGAAAGCAGAUCGAGGAUGCUGCAGAAGCCGCAGCUCGCCCAUCUCGCGAGCUGGACGACUACUCCAUCUCCACUGUCCCUUACGUCGGCUCUCGUCCCCUGUCCACAACCAGCAUGACAAAGGAGGCUAGGCCUGAGAAACAAGGAUGGGUUUUCCUCCGAACUCUUUCUGGAAAACCUACUCGGACUGUCUGGGUGAGACGCUGGGCUUUCCUCAAAUAUGGCAUCUUCGGCUGUCUCGUCCAGGGUUCCCGGACGGGCGGUGUUGAAGAGAGCGAAAGAAUAGGCGUCUUACUCUGUAGUGUUCGGCCAGCGUUUCAAGAGGAGCGAAGGUUUUGCUUCGAGGUCAAAACCAAAAGCAACACCAUCGUGCUCCAGGCUGAGACGCAGAAAGAGCUUAUGGAUUGGAUUGCUGCGUUUGAGGUUGCCAAACGAAAGGCCUUGGAGAGCCCAUCGAGCACCGAUCUUUCAGUGUCUGGCAAGGCACCAGUUCAGGACCCGGCUUUCGCUAUCUCGCAACCCCCGGCACCUGAAUUCGCUGCUGACCCUUCCGAAUCACUUACACCCCGUGCGGGCGAUGACCAAGGCUCCUCAGAUCGCACUGGAAUGCUUGCUCUUCCAGAAAGAGACCCCUCUGCACUCAGGAACAGCAGUGAUUUCAGCACUUAUAGGAGGCUGACGAACCUGGAUUCCGAUAGCCCUGCGCGCGAACACGCAUCUCGUAUUAUGCAGAAGCUGGAUCUUCACCGCAAAUCAAACAAUGCAGUACCGCCGUCUACCUCGUUACCCGGAGUGGGGGGCGGCAUAGCGAGCCUUAUCUCUGCUAGUCAUAGUGCUCUUGGGCCCGGCAGCCCCCCUAUGCCCCUCGAUCCCGAUGGGAAUCGGACCCGUAGCUCGACUCUUGAAUCCCCAUCCACCCUUGCGCCAUUGACUCUCGCGAACCCUCCUGCCCCCACCAGUAUGAGCAAGGCAGCUGUGAUCGUGAGCAAUGAAAGAGGCAUUGGAUUGGGCCAAGCAGAUAGAACGGGAGGAAUGCCCAGUGGCAUGAUGGCAAAUCUAUGGGGAAGCUCUAACUGGGGCUUCAUGAAUAGGUUUGAACGUGAACGCAUGGGUUUGCCUGGGGAUCAGGACUCGGGCGCCUCGUCGUCGCCAGCAAACGACCCAUCGAAACAAUUUUUGACGGCGCAAGCUGAUACGUCCAGUGGGCCUGCAGGGACUAGGCCGCAGAAGUCUGGGCCGCCUGGGCCACGUCACAGGCAGACGGUGAGUCUUGACGGAGACUCGUCGAAAGUGCAGCAGGCACUGCAGAGUGCCAUGCACGAAUACCCCAGUUACUACCCGCAGCAACUCAAGAUUCAAGACGCACAGUUCCGGCUGCUGUUUCCUGACGUUAAACGGGAAGAGCCUUUGGUUAUGGUAUUUCGGGCUACCUGGAGCCCCAAUGAUCAACAAGACUUUCCUGGGAGGGCUUACGUUACCACUCAGAACAUCUAUUUCUACAGUCACUACUUUGGGCUGGUACUCACUACAAGCAUCUCAUUGGAGAGCAUCAAAGAAGUCACUGCUGCCCCUGGAAGGGACUGCGAUUUUCUAUACCUACAUAUGAUCCCGCCUCCCGGCGAAGAUACUCCUGGCCGCGGAACUGUGAAGACAUUCCUUGAGCCACUAAGGCUUCUCCAGCGGCGACUCAAUUUCCUAAUUCACAAUUGCACCGCUGCCGAACCCCUGGGGCUGGAUGCGACCUUCAAGACGUUGCACAGAAUGGAGUCGGAAGCAUUAACCCGAACUCCUAGCCUGGACAGCUGGGAGGACGUGGCCGCCGGAGAUGACAAGCUUGAUGGUGCAGAGAGUGCCACAGAAGCCCCGGUUACUAAAGAAGGGCCCUCCAUCUACAUCGAUAAUGAUUUGGACAUGCACAAGAAGAAUGGUAGCAGCAAGGAUACUCCCAAGUUCAGGCUACCAACGCAACCAGUCCAGUAUGUCCCCCAAGGCAACCUUCAUCUGGCAGCAGAGAAGGUGUUCGAUAUUAGUCCCAAAGCAGUCUUCCAUAUCCUCUUCGGAGACAAGAGUGCGGUUUGGCAGCUCCUCCUACAUCAACGAAGAGCAAAGGACAUCAAACAAGAACCUUGGGUUAGACACGAGUCCAAUCAUCUCCGACGGGACUUCCACUACCAGAUUGAAACGGCAGAUAUGCUUGGACGCAUUCAUACCAAGGAGAUCUCGGAUUACCAGAUGAUCGAUGUCCUUAAUGACCACCUAUGCUAUGUGAUAACGGACAAACGGACACCUUGGCAUCUCCCAUUCAAACGGUCGUUUAGGCUGGUCAGCAAGGUCGUCAUCACCUUUGUCGCGAAGGGCAAGAGCAAGCUUUCUAUCUACACUAAAGUGGAGUGGUUGUGGUCUCCCUACGGCCUUCAAAGCGUCAUUGAUGAAAGUGCAACCAGCGACCUGGAGCAAGACGCUUUGGAUCUCCUUGAUCUUGUUGGUGACCAGGUUCGCAGACUAGGCGUGCAUAGUCGAACCAAGAAGGCCAUAACGAUUUUCGGACACAUCGGACGUCAGAAUUUCGCUUCGCAAUUCUCGCCCCAGGGGAAUCUGCAACUGGAAGGGCGCAAGCCUCGGGUCCAGAGGGCCCUGAUACAGCUUCUGUUUGAGACGCUUGUGUCUUUCCUGGAGACCUUUGUUUCGGACCUGAUGAUGUGGACGUUCGCCUUCUUACGCUGGGUAUGGAAGACCUUCAGUGCAAACAAGGUCAUUCUCGUCCUGUUAUUAUCGAGUAUCUUCAUCAACGGGUUCUAUUCAUCACGCGAUGCCUAUGGGUGGUGGUAUGAAAGGAACGUCGAGAACUUCAUGGCCCGCAUCGGGGUUGGUCCGGACAAUGUCAUGAGCAAGGCUAUCUAUAUGAGAGAUAUCGACGAUGCGAUCGCGAACUCAACUAUCGGACGCGGAAGCGGGAACGUGAGCGACUGCUUCGCGACAUUCCACCAACAGACGGUGCGCAACCCCGAUAACACAAUAUCUGUUGGAACGCCCGGUUUCCGGGACUCGAUGACCCGGAGCGCGGCGCGGAGGAUUCAACAGACUCGCGAACGGCUGGGUUCGUACCGCCACAACCUCCUGGUCGCACUUCGCGUGGUGAACAGCAUCGAGAAAGAAGUGAUCGAGAAUGAAUGGGAGCGCUGGCUGCGACAGGAGUUGCGCCGUUGCCGUCAAGUCGAGAUCCUCCUCGGCAAAGACGGGGAAAAUGAAGACGUCGAUGUGGAGGUGGACCGCACGGGUCAAAAAGUGUUCGCUGAACUCACCGACGAUGUUCAGCAGUGGUAUGAAAUGUAUUGCACCAGUUGUCAGGCGGAACGGGCACAGCUCGACGAGCGUGCUUCCGGUGGUUUGUAA